AUGUAUUAAUUAGUGUGGGAAUGGAGUAUUAAUUAAUUAAUAUGAAGAAUGCGAUGAUGGAAAUAAUUAUGGAGGAAAUGGAUGUUCUAAUUUGUGCAAAAUCGAAGAUUCUUAUCAAUGUAUGAAUUAAUAAGGCUUAUUAAGUUUAUGUACAUAUAUUCUAGCUCCUGAAUUUCAUUUGAAUAUUCUAUCUGAAACUACAAAUUAAAUUCAAAUUAUUGAAUUAAUGUUCACUUAAUACGUAAAAUUAAAAGAAACUCUAAAUUUAGAAGAUAUCAUAGUAUUUACUAUUUUCCAUCAAUUCGAUAUCAUUUAAUCACAAAAAGCAUUUUAAAUUUAACAAAUACCUUAGACAAUCCUAAAUAUUAAAUUUAAAUUGAAUUUAUGGAAUCUAUUUAAUAUCCUAUUUUACAAGUCGAAAUUCAAAAACAUAUUAUUUUUAAUCAAGAUGAAUUAAGUUUAUAGAAUCAUAAAAAACUAUCAAUCUUGGCACUCCAUUUGUGCUCCCAGAAACAACUAAAUAACAAGUAAUAUCUAUAGUUUAAUUAAAUGAUAUUAUGAUGUAUUCUUUGGCUGGAGUAUCAAGCUUGGCUUUGUUAACAGGUAAUCCAGCCAUUUUUUUUAAUUUAUUAGAGCUAUUAUAAUCAUUAUCUUACGUAAGAUAUAUGCAAUAUCAAUUUCCACCACAUUUGAGAUAUUUUUUAAAUACUUACACUAAAAUCUCUAUGCAACCUAUUUUUGAUUAUUUAUAGUUAGAUUAAUUAUUCGAAAAAUUAAGUGGAGGAGGUAAAUCAAAUCAAGUAACUAAUUAGAAGCAGGAAGACCAUAAUAUCAUUUUCAAUUAACCUUAUUUGUUCAAUGCUAAAAGUUGUUAUAUUUCUCUAUUUUCAUUUGCAUUAUUGUUAUGUUUUCUACUAUGAUGGCUUCAAAUUUGUGUAUAGAUUUAUUUUAAUUACUGUAAAAAGCAUAUGAUAAAUAUCUGUAAAAGAAAAUUAAACAAAAAAUUAAAGAGGAGAGAGAAUAAUUAAUUCCAACAAUUUUAAGGAUUUUAAGUUAAAAAUAAUGA